GCUUCUCCUCCUUUUUCAUUUGCAGCAAUUAUGGUGAACAGCUCUGUUCAUAGCCUUCUGCUUAAAGGACUGUCUCCGAAUAAGGUGUACACUUUCUUUGCUGAGGCCAUUACAGAUGGAGGGAGCACUGCAGGGCCAAGUCUUUCGGUUACGAUUGAUGUCAAUGAUGAACAAUGGACAAUGCUAUUUCCCAUUCUGCUGACUGUGAGUCUACUGCUGCUCAUGAUUGGAAUAUUGGCCUGUGUGGAGAAGAUGGAGAUCUUACAGAAGCUCCUCUGGCCACCAGUGCCAGAUCCAGGCCACAGCAGCUUGGCCCACUGGAUGCCCAAGAUCUUUUUGGAUUUAGGUGCGACUCAAGAGCAGUAUGGCCUUAAAGUGGAGACAGAUGUUUCUGCGAACCACAAAGACAUCAGUGGCACCAUUCAACUGCUGGCAGACGACAAAUUUAAUGUGGACCUCCUGGGAGGUCAUUUUAAAGCUGGCCUCAGUGGUGAAGUCUCCAGAAUGCAAAGUGAUGUCUACCCAGCUGCUAUCAACUGCAUCUCUGAGCAAGGCUUGUGUCCCACCUCCAUCAUCUUUGGAGACCACCGUGAUGACGCCAAAAGGCCAGCGAUCACUGAACAAGUCGAGUACUCUGCCAUUUUAGCUAAUGGCUACAUGGGAUUAGCAGUCAGUCCAAAUCCAGCAGUCCACGUCCCACUGCUUCCCAGCUUGGGAACAGAAGAUGUCGGAGUCCUGGGAGAGCACCAAGCUACCUACAGCACUGUCCUUCACAAUUAGGUAUUUGAAGAA